AUGGAGCUUCCUGACAUAAACAAUCAUGAUUCGGAUGGCUCGGGGUCUUCUGACGAGCUCCUCCAGCAAUCGUAUACCCUUACGAACUCGAGCUAUUCAGAGAACUUCGACAAUCCUGUCCAUACUACCCCAGCUACCACCAUUGCCUCCUCGCCUCCCCCGUCGCUUCCUAGUGGCUUUCCUUCUUGGUCCAGCUCUACACCUUCGCGUCCUCGGGGUGCCAGCGUUGGCACGCCAUCUUCUCUGGACCAGGCGCCGUCCCUGGAUGGCGCUCCGGCAUCUGACCUCAGACCCCAGCGCCCGUCAGCUCCCGCCCGAACGCCGUCAAACACCUACGCUCCCCAACGGCGCCCACCGCAGUACAUUAGCCUCCAGGACGACCGCCAAAGAACCUCUUCGAACAAGCGAAGCCAAAGGCGGGACCCAAAUGCUCAAUACCGGGCCCAGGAGAAGGCAUAUGUCCAACGGAUCCGCGCAGACCCUCAGGCAUGGUAUAGCCAUUUCGAGGAAGCCCAAAAUAUGGGCGUGGCCGUUGGGGAUUCGGAUUUGGAGGAGCCUUCGCCAUCUUCAGAGGCCCCUUUUGAAGACGACGCUUAUGACCCUGACAUCCAGCUUUUCCUGACGGAUGAUAAUCUACCAACUCUCGAAGAACUUAAGAAUCCAAAGAAUCAGGAGAGACUGGAAUGGCACUCAAUGUUAGCAUCCGUGCUUAAAGGAGACGUUGUGAAGCAGGAGAAACAGCGACUCCUGGGUUCCGCUGAAACGAAGCGGUCGGCGGCCCAGAACAAUGCCAUAUGGUUGGGGCUCAGGGCCAAAACGUGUGGUCGGAGCGUCGCUCUCCAACAGAAACUCAUAGAGGAGGCACGGGCUGGUCUGGGGCCAAUCAUCGAGGAUAUCAUCAAGUUCGAGAUCAAGGGGGAGACAGAAAUCGGGAAGCCACCAAUCCAGCAGGUCGAGGAUAUUGUGGAACAGAUCGAGAGGUGUGAGAUGCUUUAUUCGACGCACAAGGAGCUGGAAACCGCUCAGCCUCGUGUUGCAUCGGAGGAGUUCUGUUCCAGCCGCGAGGCAGUUUUUGCGUGGCACAACACCACAAUUCUCAUCAACACGGAGCUUGCUAUCUUACGGAACUGGGUGGGAAAUGAUGAGCUUGACUUCAGCAAGACCAGGGACAAAUCAACCAACAGCGAUCUUUCGGAUGAGUCGUCUUUUCUUGACCGCAUCAUGAAGGAGGACGGACUCAGGACACUUCAGGGCAGACAUAAUAUGUUAAACGGCAUCGGUGAAGUGAUUCAAAAAGCGAAGAGUACCUUGAUUGAAAACGCAAAAUUUUUUGCCAAACGGCAUCUGCCUCCGUACAUCGAGGAACUUCUCACCUUAAUCAAUUUCCCCUCUCGCCUCAUACAAGAAAUCAUACGUGUGCGACUGUCCUACGCUAAGAACAUGAAGGAUCCUGCUCAGCAAUCCCCUAUCUUGGUCGACCAAAUGAUCUCACAAUUUCAAAUUUUGAUGAGGGUUGCAGUUGAAAUAAAAAAGCGAUAUUUAGACAUCGCCAGACCUGAACCGGGUUGGGAUCUUCCUCCUUGCAUUGACGAGAACUUCGAUUCUGUGGUUUUAGACGCUCUCAAGUACUACUUUCGACUUUUGAAUUGGAAGCUGAAUGCGAACAAAAAUACUUUCAAGGAAGCAGAAAUUCUUGAGCAAGACUGGGAAUUUUCGAAUCACAUUGGGCGCCAGCUUGAGGGUGGAGAUAUCGAAGUGGCCGAACAAUUUAGUGCUCUGACGGCAAAAUCCCUCCAACGUUUAACGGUCCAUUUCGAGAGAGAGUUGACUAUACUUCCCAACGAAGACCCGGCAGACAUGGAUAAGCGUUACAAGAGCGUGCUGGAUUCGACUCGAAUUCGCCAACGGAAGCUCUACCGAUUCUCUAGAUUCUUGCGGCAGCUUUUCGAGAACGCGACAGAGUACAAUAUUUCAACGGAAAUUGCGUAUGAGUUUUUCGAGGCGCUACUCAUCUCGGAUCAUUUUCUCAUCAAAUCCAACAUCUCAGUAGGCCAAAAGGGAGUCUAUCUGUUUGCUCAUCCUGCGUUGUGGGAUCGUUCGGCCGACAUCCAAGCCAUCCUAAGAACGUCAUUUCGCGAAGAGGAUCUACCUAAAGACUCAACUAACGUGCCAUACCUCCUGGUAGUCCGGCCCGAGAAACCCCUAUCCUGGGCUGGCAGGGAGAUGGUGGUGGAAUUGCUGGACCAGCCUACAGACCUGCGAAUCGCCAAACUUCGUCUUGUUGUCGAAGGAACGCAGCAACGCUUAGCUAGUGCUAGACAAGAGCUGGCAAAGCUGACUGGAAUUCAGCUCGACAUGGCUAUUGAGCAGCGCGCUAAUCUUGGACGUGUCAACGUGGAACUUAACAAGAUAAAAAAGACCUCGUUCAAAUUGUCCAUGACCAUUAUGGACAGCGUGGCUAUCAUUAGAGACCAGCUCAAGGAGAGAGGCAUCGAAAACCCCGAUUUGAUCCAGGCCUGUUAUGCUUUCGCCACAGAGUUUGGUAAUCGUUCUUCAAAUGUCGACCCUAAUAGACGGGCAAUGAAUAGCGCAAGGCUUGUAGAACUGUCGCUCGACUGGGUGUCUUUCGUCUGCGAUGACUGUGACGCGGCUGAUCGGAAAACAUUUAAAUGGGCCGUGUCUGCUCUUGAAUUCGCGAUGGCUAUAACCUCCAGCCGGCAUCUGCUUUCCAUUGAUGAUGCACAGUUUGCCUCUCUGAGACAAAAGGUCGCCGGAUGUAUGUCGCUUCUUAUAUCUCACUUUGAUAUUAUGGGUGCUCGGUCCUCCCGUGCUGCGCAGGCUGAAAAACAGCGAAUGGAGGAGCGCGUAGGAGGAAGAAAAAUUGGCACCGGCAGGAUCUUAACAGAUGAGGAAGCGACAAAAGUCGUUCGUGAACAGCGGCUGGCCCACUUACACGAUAUCGAGAACAGAAGGGUGGAAGAAGACGCGAAGCGUCAAGCAUUGGGUAGAGUGCUCGAGGGAUCCAAUGAAGCCGACAGAUCCCUCACGGUCCUGUCUUCUUCUGCCACCAAUGUUACUCUACGGUGGCAGCAGGGACAAUUUAUUGGAGGCGGAACGUUUGGCUCUGUCUAUGCAGCAAUCAAUCUGGAUAGCAACUACCUCAUGGCUGUCAAAGAGAUCCGGCUACAAGACCCGCAACUCAUUCCAAAAAUUGCCCAGCAGAUUCGCGAUGAGAUGGGCGUUCUCGAGGUACUUGACCAUCCUAACAUUGUGUCCUAUCACGGUAUCGAAGUUCACCGCGACAAGGUGUAUAUAUUCAUGGAAUAUUGCUCUGGAGGUUCCCUCGCGAGUUUACUUGAACAUGGCCGUGUCGAAGACGAAACAGUUAUCAUGGUUUAUGCUCUCCAACUGCUUGAAGGAUUGGCAUAUCUACACCAGUCUGGUAUAGUCCACCGCGAUAUUAAGCCCGAAAACAUUCUGCUUGACCAUAACGGCAUCAUCAAAUAUGUCGAUUUCGGCGCUGCGAAGAUUAUUGCCCGUCAGGGCCGCACGGUUUCCCCCAUGGAUGCUUUUGCUAGCAACGGUCCCAAGGAGGCCCUUGUUCCAAAGGAUGCCCAGAUGGCGCAACAACGAGGCAAAAAUCAAAAGACCAUGACCGGAACUCCAAUGUACAUGUCUCCGGAGGUCAUCCGCGGAGACUCCUCAAAAUUGAUCCACCGUCAGGGUGCUGUCGAUAUCUGGUCCCUGGGAUGUGUCAUCUUGGAAAUGGCCACCGGCCGUCGUCCCUGGUCCACCCUGGACAACGAAUGGGCGAUCAUGUACAAUAUCGCGCAGGGUAAUCAGCCCCAAUUGCCCACCCGGGAUCAGCUCAGCGAUCUCGGAAUCGACUUCCUCCGCCGCUGCUUCGAGUGCGAUCCUCUGAAAAGAUCGACCGCAGCAGAAUUACUCCAACACGAAUGGAUCGUCUCCAUCCGACAACAGGUUGUCCUUGAGCCCGCAACCCCAAACAGCGACCACGGCAGCAGCUAUAGUUCUAGUUCCUCUAGUCGUCAGAAUUCCGCAUAUACUGAAUCUAUACGCGUUUCCUCGCCAUAA